UUUAUAAAAACAGGAUAGAUAACCAAAUUGACUAUUCAUCUCGGAAACCAUUAGCCCUGAUAUAAAUUUGGACGCACUACUAUUUUCAGGAAAGGGGCUUUGAAGAGAGAAUGCAGAAAUCGUGAGGGAAGCAAAAUAAUCAGCUAAUAUUCAGCUAUGGCUUCCGAUUCUCGUAAAGUGAUUGUUCAUUUAAGAGCAACUGGCGAUGCUCCGAUUCUUAAACAAGCCAAAUUCAAGAUUGCAGGUACUGACAAAUUCAUCAAAGUAAUAGAUUUUUUGCGCCGUCAACUCCAUAGGGAGACAUUGUUUGUGUAUGUCAACAGUGCCUUCUCGCCAAAUCCAGAUGAGUUGGUAAUUGACCUAUACAAUAACUUUGGUUUUGAUGGUAAGUUGGUGGUUAAUUAUGCAUGCUCCAUGGCGUGGGGAUGAAAACUCCUGGUUGUUUACACUACAACACUUCAAAGCUCCUCCAUACCUGAGUAAAUAGAUAGUAUGUAAGAUAUAAACCUGGCAUCAAUGAUUAGUCAGAGUGUUCUUCGGUAGAUUGUUCAGUAUAUAACUACUCGUAUGAUUUUACAUUGAUGCUUAUUGAUUGUGCUUCAGUAGUUUCCUUAUGGACUAUUCACCAGCUCUUUAAAGUUUAGACUUGGAUAUCUGUCAUAUUCGUAUGAAAAGUUGUGAGUCCCUUUCAACUCUCACCAUUGUCACCCUUUAAUUCUGUAAAGUUAACAAUCCUCUUUCAUUAGUGUGUAAUUUCAAUUUUGUUUGUAA